AUGGAGAGAAUAGUGCAUUGUUAAGGUAUUCUGAGUUGAGACAACUUGUACGGCAAGUGUGACACAAUGGCAAGUACAUUAGGGCCUGAAAAUAUCUUAGUUCUUCCUCUUGCCACUGACUCUUUUGUGACUGAAAAAGUUACUUCCUCUCUCUAGGCCUGCUUCCUUGUUCUUAAAGUAGGACUUUAAAAAAUCCCUCGUGGGGCAUGGCUCCUCUCUCCCUGCCUUCGCUCUCUGCAGUCACCGGUGAUGUGCACCCAGGUGUACCCAUUUCCCUCCAGGUCCUGGCUUUGUAUUCGCACCUGCCCCGCUUUUGUUUGUAGUCUGGCCACGUGGGUCUUUCUCUUUCCUCCAGCUGCAUCGCUCAAUCCUUGUUUGUGUCACCUUGGUGUGGAGCUGGCAUUCUGGAUGAUGUGGCAUGACCUCACACUGAUGCCAUUCCCUUCCCACCCAGCCAACCUUGCUUCCUCCUCCACCCAUGGAAUAAGCCAGAGUGCUGAAAGUGGGAGGGAAAGAGAGCACCAAGGUUAA